AUGAAUGAAAAUUCAAUUGAUAUCGACUUCCUUUCUUCUCUUAGGCAUGAAAUAGUUGAUUCCGUUGCACUGAAUCGCCAAAAUAUACAGCUUAAGAAAGAAAUCGAAUUAUGGAAACAAAAAUUUAAAGACGAAGAGCAAAAAAAUGUACAAUUAAUUAAUGAAAAAAGUGUUCUAGAGAGUAAGCUUCAGAUUUCUCUUAUUGAAAACGAAAAUUUAAAGAAUAAAAUUGCAGAUUUAGAAAAAACCAACAAAAAUCUCACUAGAAAUCAAAAAAGACAACAAAAACAAACUGUUCAAGAGCCACCUAAAGUGGAAGAAAAGCCUGAAGAAGAAGCUUCAACGUCCGAAAUUACAGAUGAAGAUAUCUCCGCUCUUUUUACAGAUGAUAACAAUACAGAAUCAGAAAAUCCUAAAGAAGAAGUUCCUGAAAAGAAAAAUGAAAAGAAGAGUGAACCAAAGAAGCCAAGAAAAGUUUUUUCAAAAACUCGUACAGAUAUACCAACAUUAAUUAAAAUCAUAGAAAAAUCGAAUAAUAGAGAGAUAACUCAACUUGUUUCUAAGAUACUCCUUGAAUAUUAUCCAAGUUUACGGUCAAUGAAACAACAUUUUGUGAGUGUUGUCAAUGCAAUCAUAUUACGCUUGUUUGAAUCCGAUGACAAUGAUGCAACAAUUGAUAAUUUCACUUUCUUCUUGAUGUCUUUCGUAAAAACAGUUAUGCCUCAAUGCGAAGACAAAAUCAAAGCAAUAUUUAAUAAGCGACCAAAGAUUUUGUCAUACAUAGAAUUUUUCAAUGUUCUUGAUGAUGAAUAG